CUCUUUCUUUCCUGUAUGGGCCGAGUCAGCCCCAACAUGCAGCAACUAAUCCUGCCCGUUCUCCUGGCAUCAUGUUGGGCAACCUGCGCCGGAGCUGGAGAUUGGUGCUAUCAGUCCCAGUUCUCCUGUGAUCAUCAGUGCAAUGUGCCGAACAACUGGUACCAAGCCCACACCGACUGUGGAGGAAGAAACCAGUCGCCCAUCAACAUCGUCACCAGAAAGACUUUAAGAGACGAGCGGCUGACCCGUUUCCGGUUCGACAACUACCAGCAGAUCUUCAGAGGCACAAUCAAGAACAACGGCCACUCGGUUCAGGUUGGAGUUCCUAUCCUGAGCACCAUCUCAGGUGGAAACUUGCCCACCAGCUACAAGGCUGUGCAGUUCCACCUGCACUGGGGCAGCAAUGGAGGGCCUGGCUCCGAACACACCAUCGAUGGGGAGCAGUAUCCCAUGGAGCUGCACAUUGUUCACAUGAAGCACCAUUACACGGAUCUGACCACGGCCCUCUCAGACCCACAGGGAGUGGCAGUCCUUGGGUUCUUCUACGAGAGGUCCAAUAGUGCCAACCGGAAGUACGAGCCCAUCAUCGACGCUCUGCAAAGCAUCAAAGCUGCAAAUGGAAACACGUCUUUGCAUUCCAUCUCCUUGGCUCAACUAAUCCCACCUGAGCACAAUCUGACCACCUAUUACCGCUACAAGGGCUCUCUGACCACCCCAGGGUGCACCGAGGCUGUGAUUUGGACUUUGUUUGAGAACCCCAUCCCUCUGAGCAUGGAACAGCUGCGGGCGUUCUCUGAGCUCAAGUUCCACAACGGGAAGCAGAUGGUGGGGACCUUCAGGCCGGUCCAGCCCCUGAACGGUCGGCAGGUGUUCCGGUCUGGAGGCGCAGUGGUCCUGGCCACUUCCGCCCUCCUACUGGCCGCCAUCGCCACGGCCCUGGGACUGUCCCAAACCAACUAG